CCGUCUCCUUCCCCAGCUGAGGUUCGAGAGGCCAGGGGACGAGGCGAGCGCAGGCGGUUCCUUCCUCGUCCGUCUAUUUUCCCCUUUUUUCCCCUUAUUUCUGGCCGGGAGAGCGUCUUCCUCGCCUUCCUCCGGCGCCAAAUCACCCCGUCUAUUGAACUCGGAAGACGAUGGCGGACGAAGGUUUUGACCCUUGCGAGUGCAUCUGGAGCCACGAGAUGGCCAUGAGGAGGCUCCUGUCACUGCUGAGGCAAUCCCAGACCUACUGCACAGACAAUGAAUGUUUCAAUGAAAUGCCCGGGCCAACAAUGCCAGCCCGCGACACUGGCUCCGAUGGCAUGAUGUUCCUGGCCAUGAUGUGGGGUCUUCUUGCCAUUGUCCUGUUCUUCUUGCGGCCGUCAACCCUUCGCUCCAACCCAGAUGCCAAGCCCUCCAACAGCCACCAGGAUGGGGGCUCUCCACCAGCUCCUCCAACGGCCAACUAGACCUACAGUACCCUACCCUACAGGUCACCAUGUUGUCUCCUCCCUGCCCCGACCCUCCAGAUCCCCCCAUCGGCCCCUGACACCUCUCAAGUGACCUUUUUUUUUUUUUUCCAUAUCAUAUGUGGAGGAAGACUUUGGCAACCCCAUUUCGUUGUGCUGUUCACCCAAAGGCUUUUGGACUGCUUCAACUUUGCCCUUUUUUUUUUUUUUUUAUUGUGGUUCCUCCCUUUUUCCCCCUCUUUCUUUCUCUUGCUCUCUGUUAUAUCUGAAAUGAGUUUUUUUCCCCUUUUCUUUCUUUGCCCCUUUUUUUUUUUUUUCUCGUUUCUCUUUCUUUGUCCACGCCUUCUUGAAUAGCACAGCAAAGGAGAUACAAGGUCUGGCAAGUGAAGGAAUCGGCACAGGCAUUUUCUGAAAGGAGUUCCAGGGAAACUGAUUCGGGGUCUCAGUCCAAAGGACUCCUCUCUUAUUAAGAUAUUUAUUUUUCAUAUGAUCAUUCUUCAAAGAUUUUGAAAAAUUUUGGUACUGUAUCAAGAGUUUUAUUAUCAUGGCAGUUUAUUAAUAUGCUUGUUAACUGAUCUCUGAAAUGGGUAAGAAAAAAAGCCAUAUGGUCUUUAUUGCUGUGUUCAGGAUCUUGACUUUUAUAUUGUACCUUCAAUAUUUGUACUGUUCUAUUUUUUUUCUGAAGUUUUAUUAAUUAAAGUUUUCUCUCUAGUAAUGGAACUUUGAAAAUAAGUUUAAAAUCCAGUGUCAGUAUGUAGAAAUUGGUGUCAGUACUUGCUUUUGGUCUUUAAAGGAGGACCAAAGGAUAGUCAGUGAAUUUUAUUAAUUCUUUUUAUUUUGUGUAAUAAUUUUUAUAGUCAAAUUCAAAGGAUAUUCUAAGUUGAAAAAUCAAACACACACACUUUCUGAGGUCAUGGAUAUCGAAAUUUGAAUGGGAAGUACUUCCAUCACAGCACUGUUAUUGUGUGUGUUUUGGUAGAUUCUGGCAUACGCAGACUGGUAUACACUUACACACAUAAUAGUUUGAAGUGCAGAGGUGAUGCAGAUCCUAGUUUCUGCCAUGAGAUUACAGUGCUAAUCAAGAAUCACAACAAAUUAUUAUGGUAAAGAGAGAUGCCUCAGAAAGCAGCAGUACAACUGGUAUUUAGAAACUUAAGAAGAUUUUUACCUGUGAUAUUUGCAGAAUACCCUUUCACCCCCCCCCCCAUGCCCCUCCUCCUCCUCCUCCUCUUUCCCCAGAAAGCAAAUAUUGAAUAUUUAGUUCUUUAAGCCCAUGCCACCCACCCCACCCUUCCUCCCCCAUCCCCAAAGAUCCUGGGUGCGAGUCCUUGUACAGGGCCUCCAUUUGGCUUGACACCGUGCUGAAGGGUCCAGGUUGAGGUCAUACCCAACGGUCAAGCUGGGUUCCCAGGUCAGUAAUCUAGACCCCAAAGUUAACUGCACUUGCUCUCAGGCAUAGCAGUGGCAUCAUGCUAUGGCAUUGCCUUCGCAGUGCAAGGGUUGAAGUGACUUAAAUAAGUGUAAAGAAGCACAUGGGGGGGUUGUUAUGCUAGAUAAGCACAGCAUCCUUUUGGGGCCUUGUGAGUGUGUGUGUGUGUGUGCAGGUGUGUGCAUCACAGUUAGAGGUAUAUGAAUUUCAGAGUAAAUAAAAUGAGUUACAAAGGAAAAGUUGAAAUAUAAUCUGGCUGGAGGGAAAGACUCCAUGCAGAAGGACUGACCAAUUGACUCACUCUGUGGUCUUGUCUUUUUUUUUUUCUUUUUUUUUUUUCUUUUUCUUUUAGUUUUCUUUUUCACCACUCAUUUGGUCAUACUGCUGUCAUGCUUUGACUAAUCUCUGAUUCCUCUGUAUGGUUUAUGUUAACACAUUCAGUAGACGCACAAACAAUAGAAUGAAAGACAUUUAAGCACAAGAACACAGUUAAUUUUUUUUUUGUCAAAAAAAAUAUAAACACCACUUGCACAGGGAACUACUUUUUAUCUUUUAAAAUAGAGAGCUUUUAUAUCAUUAAUAAUUCUUUAAUCUUUUUAUUUCUGAGUGAAACUAGUGCAGCAGGGUAGUUUUAUCCAGCAUUCCAUGACCGCAAAUUGUCAGGUUGUGCCGAUGACGGAUUAUAUCGCAAACCAAAGGGAAGGAAGAGGUUUGGGCUUUUGUCCGUGGAUGUUAAGGAGGACUUGAUUGAUGAAGGUGUUGGUUUCACACGCGCAUUGUCAGACAGGCGUUCUGACAUGUGUGAAUCGACAGAGGGAAAGUUUAUGUCGACCACAACACAGGUGCAUUUGCAGCGAGCAAGUUAUAUUUUUGUUUCUUUUAUAUUCUUUUAGUUUUAAAUGUUAAAAAAAAAAAAAAAUUGUCAGGUCCUCUUUGGAAAUACCCUUUUUUAUAAGAGUAACAGCACCACACUGCCUAAAGCCCUUUGUACAUGAAUUGUUUAGUAGACUGUCAAGGACACAGAACCAAAUGUUAAAAUCAGAAGUAACACUGAUGUAUAUAAUGUUAUUUUAGGACAGGCGAUUGAUGAUCAUCCUCUUAAAAUCCAGCAGUGAAGUUGUUCAGGGCCUAAAGAAAAAGCUAGUCUUUGGCAAUAUUGAGUCUUGUGCUAAUACACUUUAUUAUCACUGUAAUGUGUGGAUUCAUUAUUUUAAAUAUAUAAAUACUCGUGGAAAGUUAUUAGAGCAUAUAAUCUUGUUAUGGGAACUGUCACAGAUUUGUUUGAAGUGUGACUUGUUAUAUCACAGGGUCCAAAGAACAUAAAUUUGCUGUUUUAUGAAAUUUUUGACAAAAUUUUUACAUGCUGGAUGUUUCCUCAUCCUCAUUUGUAGGUUAAGGGCAAUUGCUUCCUUUCAUAAGUCAUAAGGAAAGACCAUCAGAGCCUGUACUAUACAUAAACCUAAGAAACCCCCCGCCCCUUUUUCCUCUUGAAUGGAGAAAAACUACAGCUUUGCGGCUAGAGAGAGAGAAGAAAAAGAGGAGUCGUUUUUGAAAGGCUUAUUCUAUCAUUUGUAACCAAACCAUUUCUGCAAUAUUAUAUUUACUGAGUAUUAUAGAUUGAUCAGUUAUUUUUCUUUUUGUUCUCUUUUGUAUAUUUAACAAAUUUGACAUAUGGUUUGAUGGUUAGGAAAAACCCCACACAAUAGUCAUUUCAGCAUUUCCGUGCAGCUGAGGAAAUAAUUGCACGGUGUCAAGAAAACUCUUGUAAAAACGGUGAACUUUUUAAAAUGUGUAUUAGGUAUUUUGCUUUUGUAAGUUUUCAAAAGAGAUUAGUCAGAUUUUAAUGAACUGAGAAAUAUCUAUUGAACCUAGUUUUUCCUAGUCCCAAAUCAUUUUAUUUCCAGUUAUAGUAUUUAUAUACAGUAUAAUCUUAAAGGGAUGGUUAAUUAUUUAGGAACUAUGUUAAACUUUUUGGCACAAAUGAAAAAUAUAUAAAUAAAAUAAGAGAAUCUAC